AUGAAUUUAAGAAAAAUACUUAGCUAUAAUUUUUUUAUUAUAUCAGUUUUAAUUUUAGCAAAUUCUCUUAACAAGCAUAAAAAUACUUGCAUGAUAAAAAAUAUUUUUCAAAUUAAUUCACACAGAGUGACAAGUCGUUUGCUAAAAUCUAAUUCAAGUCAAAAAAAUUUAAUUAAAAAUCUAAAUUUUAAACACUUAAUUCAUGAAUUAUCAUUUAGCAAAUUUGUAAAUUUAGAUUUAUUUCAAAAGGAUAUUUUUAAGAACGUAAACAGUAGAAUCAAACCUCAGUCAUACAUAAUACAGAAAAGAUUAAUGAGUGAAAACGGGGAUAGGAAUUCAUCAGAUAAGGAUAGAAAAAGAAGCGGCCCAAUAGUUAAAAGUGGAGGCAAUACUCAAGGGAAAAAAAUGAAAGUACUUAAUGAAGCCUCAGGAACGACAAGUAAAACAGAAGAAAUAGUUACACAAACAGGAAACGGAGGCGAUGAUGUAUCUGAUAAUAAUAAAGAAUCUCCUAAAGUAAUUUACAGGACUGAUUACAAGCCAAGUGGUUUCAAAAUACAUAAUAUCGGAUUACAUAUAGAUAUCCAUGAAGAUCAUACUACAGUAUCAUCUGAUUUAGAUAUGGAAACGAGUUUACACUAUGGAGGAGAAGAUUUAAUUUUUGAUGGUGUUGGCUUAGAAAUAAAAGAGAUAUAUAUAGAUGGAUCUUUAUUGCAUGAAGGAGAGCAUUAUACAUAUGAUAAUGAGUAUUUAACUAUUUUUUCUAGAAAUGUACCAAAAAGUAAUUUUAAAUUUUCUUCUAAAGUAAUUAUACAUCCUGAAACUAACUAUGCAUUAACAGGUAUAUAUAAAUCAAAAAAUAUUAUUGUUUCCCAAUGUGAAGCAUCAGGCUUUCGUCAUAUAACAUUUUUUAUUGAUAGACCAGAUAUAAUGGCAAAAUAUGAUGUAACAUUAACUGCAGAUAAAAAAAAAUACCCAGUAUUAUUAAGUAAUGGAGACAAGGUAAGUGAAUAUGAUUUAACUGAAGGGAGACAUGGAGCAAGAUUUGUUGACCCUUAUUUAAAACCAUGCUAUUUAUUUGCUGUAGUUGCAGGAGACUUAAAACAUUUAAGUGAUACAUAUGUUACGAAAUUUUCUAAAAAGAAGGUAGAAUUAUAUGUAUUUAGUGAAGAAAAAUAUGUAUCUAAAUUAAAAUGGGCUUUAGAAUGUUUAAAAAAAGCUAUGGCAUUUGAUGAAAAUUAUUUCGGUUUAGAAUAUGAUUUAACUAGAUUAAACUUAGUUGCAGUAUCUGAUUUUAAUCAAGGAGCAAUGGAAAAUAAAGGAUUAAAUAUAUUUAAUGCUAAUUCACUAUUAGCCUCAAAAAAAAAAUCUGUAGAUUUCUCCUUUGAAAGAAUAUUAACAGUUGUAGGCCACGAAUAUUUUCAUAAUUACACAGGGAAUAGAGUUACAUUGAGAGAUUGGUUUCAGUUAACUCUAAAAGAAGGGUUAACUGUUCAUAGAGAAAAUCUUUUUUCAGAACACAUUACCAAAACAGCUACAUUUCGUUUAGAUCAUGUGAAUUAUCUAAGAAGUGUUCAAUUUUUGGAAGACUCUUCACCAUUAUCACAUCCAAUAAGACCUGAAUCCUAUGUAAGUAUGGAAAAUUUUUAUACAUCAACAGUUUAUGAUAAAGGUAGUGAGGUUAUGAGAAUGUAUCUAACAAUUUUAGGUGAAGAAUAUUACAAGAAAGGUAUGGAUAUUUAUAUAAAAAAAAACGAUGGAAAAACUGCAACAUGUGAAGAUUUUAAUGAAGCAAUGAACGAAGCAUAUAAACUAAAAAAAGGUGAUAGUAAUGUUAACCUAGAUCAAUUUUUAUUAUGGUUUUCACAAAGUGGAACUCCCCAUGUUACUGCAACUUAUUCAUAUGACAAAGAUAAAAAAGAAUUUACUGUUAAAUUAAGUCAAUAUACAAAAGAAGAUGCUAAUCAAAAAGAGAAGAAAGCCUUGUUUAUUCCAAUUAAAAUUGGUCUUAUCAACCCCCAAAACGGAAAGGAUAUUAUUCCAGAAGCUUUGCUCGAAUUUACCAAAGAAAAUGAAAUCUUUGUUUUUAAAAAUAUUGAAGAAAAACCAAUUCCAUCUUUGUUCAGAGCAUUUAGUGCCCCAGUUUAUAUUAAAGAUAAUUUAACUGAUGAAGAGCGUAUUUUGUUACUUAAAUAUGAUACAGAUGCAUUUGUUAGAUUUAACGUUUGUGUAGAUUUAUACAUAAAGCAGAUUUUAACAAAUUAUAAUGAAAUUUUACAAGCUAAAAAUGAAGGUAAGGAUAAACCUGAAUUAACACCUGUCAAUAAAGAAUUUAUUAAUGCUAUCAAAUAUUUAUUGAAUGAUUCAAAAGCUGAUCCUGGUUUUAAAUCAUACAUGAUAACUCUACCUAAUGAUAGAUAUAUUAUAAAUUUUGUAAAUAAUUUAGAUACAGAUGUAUUAUAUGAAACUAAAAAUUUUAUUUAUAAGCAAAUUGGCAAUGAAUUAAAUGACGACUACUUUACAAUUUUCAAAAGCAUAAAACCGAAAGCUGAUGACAUGACCCAUUUUGAUGAUGAAUCUUACGUUGACUUUGAUCAAAUAAAUGUAAGAAAAUUAAGAAACACACUGUUAUCAUUGCUAAGUAAAGCAAAAUAUCCAAAGAUUUUGGAAUACAUUAUGGAACAAUCUGAUUCACCUUAUCCUACAAAUUGGCUUACAAGUCUUACUGCUUCUGCAUAUUAUGAUAAAUAUUACGAACUUUAUGAAAAAACUUAUAAUCUUGCUAAAGAAGAUGAAUUACUUUUACAAGAGUGGUUAAAGACUGUAUCAAGAUCUGAUAGAGAUGAUAUAUAUGAUAUUAUUAAAAGGCUUGAAGUAGAAGUUUUAAAAGAUACUAAAAAUCCAAAUGAAAUUAGAGCAGUAUAUAGUCAAUUUAGUUUUAAUAUAAGAUACUUUAACCAUAUUUCUGGAAAAGGUUACAAAUUACUAGCUGAUGUAAUAAUUAAAACUGAUUCGUUUAAUCCUCAGUUAGCAACUCAAUUAUGUGAUCCAUUUAAAUUAUGGAAUAAAUUAGACAUAAAAAGACAAAAAUUAAUGCUUGAUGAAAUAAAUAGAAUUCUUCAAAAAGAUAAUUUAUCUACUAAUUUAAAAGAAUAUUUAUUAAGAUUGACAAAUAAAUUAUAA